UUAUGUUAUCUACUCCACUUGCUUUACUCCUAAGAACUGUUAGAUUUGUGUCAGAGACUGAAAAAUGUCUUCUUUGGGUCCAUUACCAUCACCUCCUCUUCCUACAACCUCUUUCCUCACAAUACCCUCCAUAUUCUCCAAAUUCCCAUUAUACCCUCUUCCAUUCACUUCUUCUUCUUCUUGUUCCCGCGUGGUGUGUCAUGGUGGUUCCAAAGUACAACAUGUUGCCAGUGACCUCAAGUUCGUCUUGCACGAUGCUCUCGAUGCUUCUGGAAUCGACACCGUCCAUGCCAGAGAAGCCAGGGAGGAGUUCUGCUCACAAAUUCAGAGAUUUACUGAUAUUGACAAGCAAACUAGCAUUUGCAUUAACAGAUGUGUUGAUUUGGGGAGAACUGCUCUUUAUAUAGCUGCAGAGGAUGAUUCUCUUGUAUCACAUUCAUCAGUUCCACUUCCGGUUGAUGCUUUCAUUGGAAGAUUAGAUGAUCUUUCAAUGGAUUACUGUCCUCACUACAGGCCCGAAUAUGAUUCAUCCCCCGAGAAGUUCUUAGAGAGCAUAGAGAGAUUUCUAUAUGUUCACAAGGGUUUCAGUAGAUCCAAUGCAAAUCUGUCGGAGGCAAGAUCACUUUAUCUCAACUCGGUUUUGACUCACCGCACGGGAUCAGCAGCAAUGCUGUCACUUAUAUACUCAGAAAUUCUUAAAAUGCUUCGUUUGUGGGGCCUUUUGUGUUUUGAUGCUGAAAUAUUUUUCCCUCAUGAUGUUCAUACCCUUCCCAAAGGCUAUCACAAGCUGAAAAGUAAGGAGUCAGACCAAGCACACGUAAUGACUUCAGGAAACAUAUUAGUUGAGAUCUUAAAUAAUCUGAAGCAUGCAUUCUGGCCUUUUCAACAUGAUCAUACCAAAACUUUAUUCUUAAGGGCAGCACAUGCUGCUAACUGCGUUGAUGGAUCUGAUUUUGUUGGAGAAAGCGGCUCUCAUAUUGCAUCAGCUAAGGCUGCUCAACAUAGGCUGGAUCGUGGUGUUUGGACCAGCGUACGUUUUGGGGACAUGCGGCGUUCAUUGUCUGCAUGUGAGCGCCUUAUCCUCCUGAAAAAUGAUGCAAAUGAGUUAAGAGAUUACAGCGUUCUUCUCUAUCAUUGUGGAUUAUUUGAGCAGUCACUGCAGUACCUGAAGAAGUACCAAGAACUGAAGAACUCACUUACACAAGUGACAUCAUCAAACUCUCUUAGCAGCUUGGAAGAAGAUGUUGUGUAUAAACUAAUGACGCGUUUGAAUCUCAUCCUGAUGGAACAUGGGUGGAGUCAGCCAUCUUAUGCCAGAAAUUUUCUCAGUAAUUAUUCUGAACCAUGGUAGUUCCUCUUCCAUGUUGAUUGAUACAGCAGCAAAGAAGUUAGCUUGACAAUCCAUGGCAUCAAGUUUUGUUGUAUUUUCUGGACGCAAAGCUUGGGAUUUUGGAACACAUGCUGCUGUUGUUCCAAUACCUUUUUUUCUCUGGAAGUACACAUACAAACGUUGUUGCAACUGCUGAAGUGGACGAGAUUGUUCAAUAAAUUGAAAGACAUCACACAGGUUGAAUGAAAGCGUAACAACCAUAUACUAACGCAGGAGCAAAGAAAUUUCUCUAUGUAUUACUUGUGUUCCAGUAAUUAAAUAAUUCUGUACUGUUUACAUAUAUUUCCUCUGUAAAUUUAUGUAUAGUAUAAACCGGUUUUUCUCUUCCAAAGUAAUAUAGAUACAAACUA